AUGGCAGUCCCCUCCACUCCUGUAUUCUCAGUUCAUCGGCGGGAGCCGGAGCUUAUCGCUCCAGCGAAACCAACGCCGCGGGAGCUGAAGCUGCUGUCGGAUAUAGACGACCAAGAAGGCCUGCGGGAUCAGAUCCCCGGCAUCAUUAUAUUCAGAAGCAACCCUUCAAUGGAAGGCAGAGAUCCGGCGAAGGUAAUAAGGGAAGCCCUGGCGGCGGUGCUGGUGUUUUACUACCCACUCGCCGGUAGGCUCAUGGAAGGGCCUAACCGGAAGCUCAUGGUGGACUGCACCGGCGAAGGGGUGAUGUUCAUCGAGGCCGACUCCGAUGUCACCCUUGACGAGCUCGGCGACGCCAUCCUGCCACCGUGUCCCAACCUGGAGGAGCUUCUAUAUAACGUGCCUGGCUUCAAUGGGAUCGUCGGUUGCCCUCUGCUCUUGAUUCAGGUUACACGUCUAAAUUGUGGUGGAUUCACUUUCGCAUCACGCUUGAACCACACAAUAUGUGAUGCACCAGGACUCAUCCAGUUUUACAAUGCAGUAGGCGAGAUCGCACGUGGAGCACACACACCAUCUCCUCUCCCUAUUUGGUGCCGAGAAAUAUUUAAUGCUCGAACACCGCCACGCAUCACAUGCACUCAUCAUGAGUACGAGGACGACAACCCAAAACAAGGACUAAUAGGCUGGGCUAGCAAUGUCAACAUGGUCCACAAAUCCUUCUUCUUCGGCCCAAAAGAAAUGAAGGCCCUGAAGAAGCAACUUCCGCCGCACCUUGGCGCUUGCGCCUCCACAUUUGAGGUGUUGGCCGCCUGUCUGUGGCGGUGUCGUACAAUUGCACUUGGGUUAGCCCCUGAGGAGGAGGUCCGCUUCUCUUGCAUGGUGAGCCUACGCGGUAAAGGCUUCAUAAAUGUUCCUUCUGGGUACUAUGGCAAUGCGUUUGUGUACCCGGCAGUGGUUUCCACAGCCCAGUUAUUGUGUAACAAAACCUUGGGAUUUGGGGUGGAGCUGGUGAAGAAGGUAAAGGCCCAAGUGAGCGAAGAGUAUGUAAGAUCAGUGGCAGAUUUGAUGGCGCUAAGGGGCAGACCAACAUACACCAUGGAGUCGACAUACAUGGUAUCGGAUACAAGAUAUGCUGGCUUUGAGGAGGUGGAUUUUGGAUGGGGGAAGCCUAUUUAUAGUGGGCCGGCCAAGGCUGUAAGCAUAACUAGCUUCUGUGUUGGGUUCAAGAACAGCAAAGGGGAGGAGGGGAUUGUUGUGCCCACAUGCUUGCCAUUGCAAGUCAUGGAAAGGUUUGAAGAGGAGUUGAAGAAAAUUACUCAAUAG